AUGCAAAGUUUAGAGGACAAUACGAAAAAAGAACGAAUUCGAAUAUUAGCUGUUUGUUUGGUAAGCCUAAUUCCUUGUCCUUGGUAUUUAUGUAUGUACAAAUUAAAUGUAACUAUUGAUGCAAAUGUGCAAGAUACAACAACUUCAAUUAUUGUAUCUGCUUUAUUCAAUACAAGCUUAACUAUACUUCAAUGUAUUGAGGAAAUAUGUUUAAUUAUUAUUUCGGAAGAUUUUCGUUUAAUGAUCAAAAACCAGUUUAUUAAAACUAACACAACGACUAAGGUCAGCACAAAUAUCAUAACUGUUAAGCAAAAUUCUCAGCAACGAAAAUGAGAGGAUUGAAUGGGCAUUUAAAUUUAUAAAUUGACGUAAAAGAUAAAUAAAAAUAAAGAUAAAAUGAAAAAUAUAGUUUCACUAAUGGAUAAAUUUUUUUAAAAGUAGAACUUUUUUUAACAAA